GACCAGUCACAUUACAACAGGACUGAGGUCUUCAUGUAAGGUGUCAUAUUUCUGCUAAAUUUGAUGAAUAAUGUGGUGUAGCGAAUCAACGAAUACACAGUAUACACAUCGGGAUCGGAGUCUGUAUUGCAUUGCAAACACGUGUUUCUACUUUCACUUUGACCGAUAUCGCAACAAUGACGACCGUUGAUGCAAAGAAUCAGAAAAUGGACCAGGAAUAUCCUAACACCAGGACUUUUGUUGUUGACAAAACUGACUUUAAUUUCAGUUUCGAACCAACUCUGGAAGAGAUACGACAAAUGCAGGCUACAUUUAGUAGGGACAGAGACUGGGACCAAUUCCACAAGCCCAGAAACCUGCUCCUGACCUUGGUGGGGGAGGUCGGCGAGUUGGCGGAAAUCUUUCGGUGGAAAGAUAAAGUAAAGUUUGGACUGCCAGACUUCACUGAUAAAGAGAGGGAACAUGUUGGUCAGGAAAUGAGCGACAUCUUGCUCAACCUGGUCAGGUUAGCAGACAAAUGUCAGAUCGACCUACCGUCAGCGGUCCUAAAGAAGAUCGACCACAAUGGACUCAAGUAUCCUGCCCACAAGGUUAAAGGCAAAAUCAAGAAGUAUACAGACUAUGAAACAGAGGGUAGUGAGGAACAUAUUGCACUCAAAGAUGGCAAUGAAGAAAAGAAUGGAUUAGAAUUAUCCAUACUGUACAGGCCAACAAUGACAAGCGCGAACGUAAAUGAAGCAAAGAGGCAGAAACUGCAAGAAUCAGCUUUCGUAGAAAAUUCUGCUGAAAGUGACUUUAAAUUCAGCUCGGAACCAACUCUUGAGAAAAUACGACAAAUUCAGGCUGCGUUUUGUAGGGAAAGAGACUGGGACCAAUUCCACAAACCCAGAAACCUACUCCUUGCCCUGGUGGGGGAGGUCGGCGAGUUGGCGGAAAUCUUUCAGUGGAAAGGUGAAGUCGAUGUUGGACUGCCAGACUUCAGUGACAAAGAAAAGGAACAUGUUGGUCAGGAAAUGAGCGACAUCUUAAUCUACCUGGUCAGGUUAGCAGAUAAAUGUCAGAUCGACCUACCGUCAGCUGUCCUAAAGAAGAUCGACCACAAUGGACUCAAGUAUCCUGCCCAUAAGGUCAAAGGAAAAAACAAGAAAUAUACAGACUACGAGGCAGAAAGCAGUGAAGAACAGAUUGUACUACAAGAUGGCAGCAAAGGUGAAAAUGGACCAGUGCUUUCCUGACCAAUCACAGAGAGUGCAAUACUACGGGUAGUGAAGACGAAAGCGGACCCAAACUUACAGGAACAGAAUAUGUGAAACCAUUUUAAAUUUGAUUUUAUCCAUGGUUUUUUAAAGUUAACUACUUGUUUUCCUGAUUACCUGUUCAUCUGUCACACCCUAGAACAUUUUUAUAAACUGUAUGAGGUAAGACUUGUGAUGCUGUGAAGAUCAGUCAUUUAACGUCAAUAUUAAUAGCUGAUAUAUCAUUAUCAGUGAGGUAAUUGCUUGUGUUCCUUUAAAAACUCUAGUUUGCAGUCGUAUUGAAUAUGGUUUUAGGACAUUUUCUUACUUUCAGCUUGACAAGAAAAUAGUUGCUCAUCUAUAAAAUAUUAAAUCUGAAAUUUACAUUUCAAAUGUUUUUGCCUUCAAAAUCUUAAAUUUCCAAUUGAAGUGAUAGCCAUUUCCUCAUGAAAGUGUGUCUGAAUCUAGAUAAAUAUAAUACAACUGUUUAAUGGCUAGGAAUAGUUCGAAAAAAAUGAAAGUAAAUUGUAAAAAUAAAUUUCAUUUUUGAUUGAUUGAUUGAAUAUUGUUUAACGUCCCCCUCGAGAAUAUUUCACUCAUAUGGAGACGUCACCACUGCCGGUGAAGGGCUGCAAAAUUUAGGCCUAUGCUCGGCGCUUAAUGCCUUUGAGCAGGGAGGGAUCUUUAUCGUGCCACACCUGCUGUGACACGGGACCUCGGUUUUUACGAUCUCAUCCGAAGGUCUGCCCCAUUUAGUCGCCUCUUACGACAAGCAAGGGGUUACUAAGGACCUUUUCUAACCCGGAUCCAUGUACAUGUAGAUAAGGACCUUUUCUAACCCGGAUCCAUGUACAUGUAGAUAAGGGUAUAAACAGCAACAUGUCACACCAGCAUAUUAUUCAUGAAGCGACAACGAGCUGCAUGUAGUACAUGUUCAUGAAUGCUGCUGUAAAGAAUCGCAGUUCAUACCCUCAACAAUGAAAUUUAUUUCUUAAAUAUAUACCAUUAUUAUGUAACUGCUUGUGUUCCUUUGUAAACUCUAGUUUGCAGCUGAUGUUUUGUAUUGAAUAUGUUUUUAAGUCAUUUUUUUUUUCACUUCCAGCUCCACAAUAAAAUUGUUGUGCAUCCACCAAAGAUUAAUUUUGAUGUUAAAGUUAUGUGCAUGAAUUUGCACAUUCCUGAAUUUGUGGCAGUUUUGUCAGUUUAAAACAAAGCAUUGUUUUUCUUCAUUGUUUAUUGUUUCCAGCGUAUAAAAAUAUACACGUUAAAGUUC